AUGGAAAUGUGCGCAUUUUUAACUUAUGCUUAUAAUAAAUUCCAUAAUUUUUUUCCUCACACAGGAGAUGGCAAGAGCUUCACCUCCCUAGAUGGUUUGAGGGCUCACCCAAACAAGAGCCACCUGCCCAAGAGGCCCGAUUGUCGCGACUGUGGCUACAAGACCAACGACGCUGGCCAUCUGAAGCACCACAGAGACUGCUGGCACAAUGGCACUUCGCAAAAAGUGAAGAAAUGGAGGCAUAAACAAUGAAUCUGCACCUUCCAUACACAUGUAUAUUGGCAAAAUGAGUGCCCACAUGAGGAGAGGAGGAUGCAGCCAGCUACUCCCCCAAAGCCAAAAACACCAAGGGUACUUGAUGUUGUAGGGGAAGUGACAAGAUGGACCAACACUUGUGACUGGAAUAAUCCCGACCAUUUCAAGUGUCCUUUUAGGGAAUGUGAGAGGACAUAUGAGGCGGCCAGUGAGUGCGCACACCACGUGCACCAAGAAAAGCAUAAGAGUGCAUGGAGCACGUUGAUCAAGAAAAACACUUUAAGUAAUUCCUUGCCAGUUUUUUUCCAGAAAACUGUCUUGGAUUGUUUUGUCUAUUUAAAAAAUUGUCUUUUUUGAGAAAUUUUCAACUUGAAUCUGACGUUUGCCGAGAAUGUGACUCCGAAAAUCUCUCUAUUUAGUUAUUGCGUGUCACGCGCCAAAGGCAUAAUAAACAAAACACGGCAGGCCUGCCACUGCUGUCAACGAUCAUAAUUAAGUGACUGUAAAUUAUCUGCAAGCUAAUAGUACAUCACUUUGCCCAGGUGGACGAAAAUGCUACAGCAAAGGCAAAAAAGGGCUCUCUUACUGCCCUUUACUCACGCCCGUUCUCUGGCGGAUCAUAAAAUGGAGAAUUUGAAGGUUAAGCUAUUUUUCUGACUUGUAUUUGUUAUUUCUUAGAUAGAAUCCAUUGCAGACGCAUAAUUGACGUGGUACAAGGUCGCCUAUCCUGGCAAAACAAGAGGCAAUACCACUGGGGUAGCUGAAUAUAAAAGCAUUCCUGGUAGUGUGUGGAAGGCGGGUUUUUUUCUUCUCAAGGGUAACCAACAGCAUUUUUUGCGGCCUCUGCAGGUGUGUAAUUAUUAUACCAAAUUCGAAUCCUCAGAAGUCAAUUACUGCGCUCAAAGUUCUAGGAGUUGAUGGAAAAUUGAUAGGCUCUUCAAAUAUGCAACACAAUCAAGUAAAAAGGUAAGGUAAGCAUAUGGUUCCAUAUGACAUCAACAAAACUGUAAGGGUAAGAAUGUGACAAAACGGUCAUCCCCAGGCCUUUCGAAACUGGGGCCUGCAACAAUAAAAUAUCUAAGAACAGCAGUAGGGUAAGAAGGACUAGUGCCUAAACAGCCGAUGUUUGAACAGGACACGUAAUUUCUACGCGACUUAAUAGGCAAUCUCGACACCUGCUACUUUACGAUGUGUCGUUCCGUACCAGAGAGUACAAGCUACUUUUCCAAAACCAUAUUGCUUGUGGCAUGGGGAUCCUUUUUAAAAUGAAUUGGGAAGGUUAUGAUUUAAACACCUUUCAGCCUCCUUUCGAGAUGCCCACUAAAGAUAUUAGGUCAAGACAAAGCACAGGGUUUACUGAUUGCUCAGCUUUGGCCGACAGACUCACAUCUACUUCCCAAUUUUCCUAAGAAAUUUCAUUGGCCAACUUUUUUUUCGGGAUUUUACUGAGACCUUCUAAAGCACCAUUCCCGAAGCAGAAUGGCAUUCGCCGCACAAGAAACUCUUCUUGAGGGUAUGUUGUGUGUGACAGGCUCCUUCAGACAAUUCCAGUUUUAAGUCGUUAUUGAGACAAGCACCAAAAACUUAUACAUCACAUACGUUAACAAAUGGGUGCAUUUUGUCCAAGUUCAAAAGUAACAACCUUGUACAAGGCAGUCUACAUUGAAAAAAACGUUGUUACUAGAUCACCCCGCCAGCUAACCCAUAUGGUCAUCAAGGAGGUUAAAUCUGAAGUUGGCAGGGCAAAAAAACUUUUUUUCACUUUUCUUGUCCAUCGGAUAGAUACUUUGCAGAUUUUGGUUGUCCGAACACAAAAUCCACUCGUCCAAAGAAAAAAAAAGCUGCCAAAACAGAUUGGUUGUGGCUGACUAAGAUGUCAUGACGAAAACAGGUGGAUGAUGAACCGUCAAUACCCCAAAACGCCUGCUACUCUUGUCACAAACAGAGGGAUGUUUUUGGCAAACUGCACAAAACAUGUAAUUUUUGAUCUCGUCAAAUUUAACCCAGGGAAAUUCUUCAUUCCAUGCUUGCUUAAAUCGACGGACACGAGACUCUUCAUACUUCUCUUUUUCUCGUCUUUGAAGAGCUAUUUUCCUCGUUUGUUUGAGACUGUCUCUUAUUCCUUCCUAGCGCUCGAUUUUCCAGAGGUCGAACAAACUCAUCGUGUUCUACUUUCAGAACACCACGGAUUUCGCGCCAUUUUUAGCAAAAACAAGCGUGCAAAGGAUAUAUAAGUAACGUGAAAACCCGCCUCCACACAUUGACGCCGGCGGCAGAGAAACACUGUGACAAUUUAAGGUACUUUUCAGUACUUUAUUCUAUGAAAGCUAUCUACUCCAGAUCCUACGAAGCUAAAAAAAUAUUGCUCACGAUAAAUUUUGCUCGUCCAGUUGGACGAGUGCUUUACGAUUUUCAGUCGUCCGAGUCCAAAACCUAGUCGUCUCAGACGAGCGGACGAGUGAACGUUUUUUGCCCUGAGUUGGUAGACAUUCUCUCCAGUACUGAGGACAUCAAAUUUUGAACUUUAUAACUGGCAAAGUUAAACUUCCUGGCGGUGGUAUUAACUCUUUUAAAAACAUCUUAUUAAGAAACCUUUUACUAGAUAUCCAUUAUCUUUCCUUUAUAAGGAAGCUACCGCUAUUACAAUAAAGAUGAGUAUGUUUAGACACUUAUGUUUGUAUUACAUACUUAGUAUAUUAUUAUAAAUAUGGUGAUGAUAGUAGAGCAUGUUAUAUUUUUAGUGAAUUGAAGUACCAUAUCAACCUUAUUAAAUGCUAAUUUUCUACCCUGUGUUACUGAAUAAGAUGAUGAUGAUAAUGAUGGACAACAGAUGGAAGUCCUUUAAUUUUCCACAUUAAUCCCAGCAAACACAGGAAACAGAGAACGAAAUUCUCUUCCUCUUGACCAAUUUCCCAACGAACCGGAUGUUAUUGGUGCAAUCACAGUCCAUCGCAGAUGCCAGAUCUUUGUACUUGACCCGGAACAAGUUCACACAUAUACGUUGCACUGCUGUUUAUGCAACAUGACAUAAAAGCUUUCUCGGUACCGUGUACCAAAACCGGUUUCUCCUUCACAAGAAUAAGCAAAAUUUUCCGCUGCAGCUGUAUGUGGGUGUAUAUUGUAUAACAUUAGAAUGCUAGAAAGUAGAAAGCUGCAUAUUUCCCAGUGCUAGGAAUUAACGGGAACUUAAACAGUCAAACGAUGGUAAUAACUCAGUGGUAUAUUCACACCACAUAAAAAUCUAUAAUUUUUUUGCCAUCUUCAGCACAUCUCAAACAAGCAUCCAGUCCCGGCCAAAACCUAUCCAGAACUAGGAAGCACAACACUCUUGAAUUUUUUUUAAGAACGAAGGUAAGGAGGGAAAAAAAAUAUUGUCCAAAAUGGUGAUGUUACAACAGGAUAUGGAAUUAAUCCUUCACUCCAUAGGCAUCUCUACACCAGCUUCUAGAAUACGAAAAACUUUCCAAUUCUAUAAACAAUAAUGAAUAUAAAUGGAAGAAUGAUAACAAGUCACAAGGCAAAAGAUUUUCAGAUUCAAAUAAAGUCGGAACGAAGGUCAUUUCUCGCUUGCUCCACUUCCCUCUUCGCAUGAGUAAUGAAAAGUUGUUUGUCACAUACAAGUAUACUUGAUACUACAACAGCGAUACCCUUUGAAAACAACAUAGGAGGCUCUAUAGCUUAAUCAGUUGGCAGUUCAAAUUUGGGAAGAUGUAUAUCGAGGCACAUUGGGCUUUCAGUUAUUCACCGUCUUUGUUAGAUGGUAACGAAACAGUCAAGCCUGCAAUCAUGACUGGUUGUUUUAAAUCAAACAGUCAUUUUUCGAUAUACAAUGUACUGUCAAACUCCCCAGAGAUGGACUUUGUUCCAUUUGUGAGCAGACUAAAAAGUCAUUUCAGUAUAUUGCACAUGGCAUGGGGAUCCUUUAUAUAAUACCUUCUAUGAAUUUCCAGCUUUAUGGCCUUCUCCAAACCUCCUACAAAAGAUCAGUCAAGACAAAGCACGGGGUAUAUUUUUCUAAAGACAUCUAGUGUCCAACCUCCAAUUUACUAACUUCCUCACCCAAACCCCCUAAAGCACCAUUCCGGAAGUAAAAUGCAUUCCCGGUACAGGUAAACUCCAUCUGACGGUAUGUCCUGUCUGAGGGAAUCCUUCACCACAUCAACAAAUAAUUAUGGUAUUUUGUUCAAUCGAAGCUAACAACGGUUUACAAGAUAUACAAGAUAAGUCUCAUUAAAGAAAUCCACAGGAAAAAGAAGAAGAGCUCCUGUUUCUGUUCAGUUGACCCACACAUUGUCAUUGACCCAAUUUAAUUGAAUUAUUUGUUUCCGAGUAUUUGAGUGGGGUGCCUGUAAACUAGCCGGAUAAGCUAAGUGCACUUUCCACAAGCCUUUUAAAACCUCUUUAUCAAUGAUUACUGAACCCCCGGGUUUGUCCUGGAAACAACACCGACUGAAAAGGAUGACACUAUAAAAUUUGCAAGCCACCUAUGAGCACAAUCUAUUAUUUUGAGAUUCAAUGUCAACUACUAUUAAUAGAACGAAAUCUCCUUUCAUCUACUUUUGAACAGGUCAAAGAUAAUUUUUACCAUACUUUGAACAAUGACGGAUUUUAAAGCGAGUUAAAGCUGAACUUGCUACGAAGCAAGAUCGUAAUUAAAUAAACUUAAAUUAAAUUAGCUUAAAGAAUAAUUUGGUAAUGCAACAAUUUUUGUUACUUAUAUCUUUUAAAUACAUUACUUAAUAUAGCUUGUAAUUUUUCUUUGUUAGACUAAUAUAAUUGUAUUAAGGAAUCUUCCCUCCUAAAUGAGGUGCGCCCUCAAAUGCAGACCAUAAGUUGUCUGAGGAUCAAGCCCUGUACAGGUUCAGUUUUCGUCCCGUCAUCUUUUAGGCAUCAACCAGAAAGAAGUUAUUAAAGUAUGGCAGGAUGACCACCCCUCUAGCUCUGCUUCCCUCAAGUAAAGGAAAACUAUAGAAUGUCAGAUAUUGCAUAGCAUACAGCGAGUGCAAUGUAUACUUGUUUAAAAGUACAUUUUUAUAACUUUUUAUUUAAGGUUUGCACAACCCCCCACCACCCCGCACAACCUUUGUUUCAAGGUCCCUAGCACCAGGACUCGGCGGUUUUGGCUUUCGCGCAUUUUGGAAGCAUUACUAAACAUCGUUUUCUGAACAACUUCCAUCUGACUUUGCUCUGAUUCAAGAACAGAACAGGUAUGUGCGAGUGUUUUUGUUCCAACACGUAUGAAAAAAACCGAUACAAAAACCAGUUUAUAAUAAUAAAGGAAAUGAUAUUUCUCUUUGCUCAACUGGACAUAUGAUUUUCUCUACAGAUGCACAUUCGUGGUCACUCCAAAACAACCGGGUAGCCUCUACUGCCCUUUCAUCCUUGGGUUUUUGCAUGUUGCAAGACGGGGUGCCUUCAUGGAAACUGCCAUUGAGGCAUGGACAACGAAAAAUUUUGUCUAUAAAGACAAGGCCAAAAAUUGGCCAUUAUUUGCGCAGGUAGACACGUCUACACAAACACUGAAGGUGUGUAGCUGCAUGUUAUGUUCUGUUGAUCUUUUACUUGCAUGCAGGUGAAUUUGCAUCACUGUGUUUGGAGGCUAGAAACCACAGACUAACCUCAUUAUUAAUAUUGAACACAUUUCUCCUUUUCUGAUUGGUGCAAAUGUAACCAACUCGCACUGAAUUUCAAUAUCGUCUGCUGUAUACAGCCCGAGAAAAAGAUCAUGGCAAACCAAAAUGGCUAGGAACAGGAUGUUCAUGUCAGCUCAUUUAAGGCAACACUCUUGCAUGUCAUGGAUUAGAAUCAAAUGAAGCGGAGAAAAACGUUGGUAUUUGAAAAUAAACAAGUGUCUAACAUUCUUAAUUUUGUAAUAAUUUCAGAACAAAUCACUCACCACAAUACAGCUGUCAAAAAUGGUCAGUUCGAGCAUCGGUAAAGUUGGCCUAAAUCCGAAAGAAUUCUCCCACAGAUCUUACAGAUCG